CGAACAAGGAGGCCAUUUCAAAUAUGAAUGUAAACAUGAAAAGGUGGGAAGACUGAUUGUGAUGUAUGUUACACAGAGUGAAUGAAAAGAUGUAAAAAAUUUAUGAAAACAACCUUUAUUAAUAGAAGAGAAUGUGUUUAAGAAUAUCCUCAUGUAGUUCUUGAACGGAAUAGGCAGGUGCGUUAAAUGUCGAAAAUGACGAAACGUGGACCGUCCAUGGUGGUAAUUUGAAAUCGUUUAGUGUAAGAAAAAGGUGUGAAUAUGGCCACUACACCAGCAAGUGCUCAAAGAAGUAGGUCUAUCAAAGGAAAACGUGUUUUACCGGUGGUUCCAGGGGGUACACCGCGGGAGAAAUCUCCGUCUGUGACCAAAUCGGUCACCUUCAACCGACAGACCGUGGAAACAUCAAUUGGGGGAACACAGAGCGUAACUAGACUAAAACAUGACCCUCUCAGUUUGUCAGUCAGCCUGUCAAUUAAUGAAGAUAUCUCCAGCAUGUCUUCCACGGAGGAGGAGUCGGUGCUCCGUGAGAAAGUCCCCACCCCCAGGCAACCGAGCCGUCUCCCCGUGUACAGGUCUCCCAAUGCCAGUGGGGGGACACCAAGAUCAAAAUCUCCUCCAUCAUGGAAUUCAGAUAAUAAAGAAAAUUUUCUUACGCCAGCUAAGGAUGCACGGCGUGUGACGUUGGAGAACCAUGCAGACUUAAGCAGUCCGGACCAACUUUAUGGCUCGAAUAUGAGGACACCACUCAGAAGAUACACAUUAGAUGAUAAGAUUCUGGGAACACCAGAGUGUUACUCGGCUGUGCAAAUGGAUCUGCCUCGGUACGAAAUGAUGUAUGAUAAGGAGACAACCUUAUACGAGGAACUUGAAGACAGUUCUAGUGUGACAGUAGCUGUUCGAGUUCGUCCCUACAGCACAAGAGAGUUGAGUGAUGCAAAUGUCCGUUGUGUGGUGUCGAUGGAUGGCAAUGAGACUGUGGUCAGUUCUCUGUUGGAUAGUGGUCACCACUACAGAUUUAACUUUGACUUCUCCUUCUGGUCAUUUGACAGUUCACACCGUGAAUUUGCUGGUCAGGAGCGAGUGUAUCGCCAGCUGGCCCAGCCCCUGCUGGUCAAGGCAUUUGAGGGAUACAACACCUGUCUGUUUGCUUAUGGUCAAACAGGCAGUGGAAAAAGUUACAGCAUUAUGGGACACGGGAGUGAGGUGGGAAUCAUUCCCAGAUUCUGUGAGGAGCUGUUUUCCCGAGCCUAUCACAACCAGGAGGUCACCAGGGACUCAGAAAUGGUAAAAAUCAAUGUGGAGAUUUCUUUCUUUGAAAUCUACAAUGAGAAAAUACAUGAUCUGCUGGCAUCUGCCAAAGAGAAAGGAGGAAAGAAGCCUACGCUAAAAGUACGAGAACAUCCUGUCCUAGGUCCCUAUGUAGAAGGACUUUCUACAUAUGUUGUCAACUCAUUUGAAGAUGUUGAGGGAUGGAUAACACUCGGAAACAAGAAUCGUGCCACAGCAGCAACAGGAAUGAACGACAAGAGCAGUCGUUCACACUCAGUCUUCACGCUCGUUCUCACACAGACCAGGGACUUAAUGUGUGAUACAGAGACAGAGGAAAUAGAAGGCAUUCAACAUGACCACUCCAUCACCAGUAAAAUUAAUCUGGUAGAUUUAGCUGGCAGUGAAAGGCAGUCACAGGCUCAAACUUCAGGGGAAAGACUCAGGGAAGGUGCUAAUAUCAACAAGUCCCUGUUAACCUUGGGGAAGGUAAUUUCUUCUCUAUCAGAGCAGUCCAUUAUGGGAUCCAAGAAGAAAAAGUUGUUUACUCCAUACCGGGACUCGGUUCUUACUUGGCUUCUGAAAGAGAGUUUAGGAGGAAAUUCCAAGACAGCAAUGAUUGCGACCAUUAGCCCAUCCCAUCACCACAUUGAGGAGACACUCAGUACACUUCGAUAUGCAAAGCAGGCCAGAGCCAUUGUAAACUCAGCACGUGUCAAUGAGGAUCCCAAAGCUCGGAUGAUCAGAGAACUAAAGGCUGAGAUUGACCGUCUACGGAGUCAGAGUGGUGUUAUGAAUGAGGAUCAGCAGUCAGCCAGUUUGGCGGAGAUUUCAGCCCUCAAGGAAAAGCUGGCUGUCAGGGAGAAGGAGAUGGAGGAGAUGACGAGAUCGUGGUUGGAGAAGCUGAGGCUCUCAGAAGAAAGAAAGGCAGAGGAGGCCAAGCAGUUGGAGAAAGCUGGCAUAACUUUCAAGGUGGACAAUAAACUGCCAAACCUAGUGAAUCUGAAUGAAGACCCCCAACUGUCGGAGAUGUUAUUGUAUGUCAUUAAGGAGGGGCAGACCAGGGUUGGGAGGAUGUGUGCAAGCUCUAAACACGAGAUCCAGCUUAACGGAGCACUCAUAGCCGAUAACCAUUGUAUCAUAAACAAUGAGGAAUGUGUUGUAAGCAUCACUCCAAUUGAUGACUCCCCCACCUAUGUCAAUGGCAAUCUCAUCUCGGAGCCGAGCAUACUACAUCACGGUGACAGAGUGAUUCUGGGUGGAGAUCAUUAUUUCAGGUUCAACCAUCCAAUAGAAGUGAGCAACAAACAGACUACACCUGCUCAGCAGGAGAUGAAAGAUUUUGAGUUUGCCAAACAGGAAGUGCAGAGAGUGCAAGAAGCCAGAUUACAAGCUGAGCUGGAGGAGGCCAGGAAGCAGGCCCAGGAGGAGAUGUUCCAGGAGCUGGAGAAAGCGAAGAGGGAGGCUGAGAUGGAGUGGAACUCGCGGAAAACAGGGUACGAAGACCGGCUGGUUGAACUGGAGCAGUCAAGACAGGAGGCUCAGGAGUUUAUACAGAAACUACAAAAACAAAAAAUGCUAUUGGAACAGGAAGUAUUAGCUGGCAGAAAGCGACAGCAGUUAGAGGCCAAAGCCGCAGAGAAAGUUGCUAGCCAGCCAGAUUCUGCCAGAGGCUCUCGUCUAUUAGAGUUUCUUGAGACUGAGAAACAGAAAGCAGCCCAGAGAAUUGAAGAGGUGAAGCAGAGGCGAUCAGAGAUGAUGUCCAUUACACGACGAAAUGGUUUCCUGGAGUCGGGGAAAACUGACCUGUAUAAGGUGGCUCUGUUGCUGAGAGAGGCCAACAAAAUAAGCCAGCUGCUGAAGAAACAUACGACAUUCUGUAGAUUUGAUUAUCUGGAGGAUGACAGAAUGAAAACCAAGAUCAAAGUGACCAACACCAAGCUGGGGGUCUGUACAUUCUGGUCUAUUGUCAAGUUUGAGGACAAACUGAUGCAGAUGAGAGAUUUAUACCAGAAUGAUGCCGACAGCUCUGGUGAUGAUGAGUUAUUCAAUGAUCCCAGUGAUAAAUGGGAGCAGGAUCUCUCCAGCACUCCAGGGAGAUCACCAAAAAGCCGUAUUCAUCGCCGAUCCUCGAUGACGUCACCAUACAGAUCAAGUGUUUCCGGUUUCAAUGCCAGUCUCAUGAAAGGUUCUGUAAGCAGUCUACCAGAGUGCCUGAGUCCUCGUCAUCCUUCCACAGACUCUGUACUUAACAUCUACAAAUGUCAUGCACUGACAGUCAUGGACAGUUUCCAGACUGACCACAUGGAGGAGAGUAUAGCAGACAAAAUCACUAGUUCCUGUGGUAAAAUUAAGAAUGCUGUUCUGAGGAUACGAGACUACCACAGCUGUUUUCAUAAUGACAGUAUUUCAGAAGGUCUACCAUAUGAAGUGAUUCCCACAGAUGGACUUGAACUGGUGUCCAACCUCCAGUGUUUGACCACUUGUUCUGCUGUAUGGUCCUCCUUGUACAUGAGGGAGCAGCUUCAGUCAGCCAUUAUACGCGACCUCACCCACAAACUCAAGGACCAAGUCAAGGUUAUAGGAAACCAAGUGGUUCUCUUCUUCCAGGGUUGUGAGGGUGAGAUAGAAAGUCUGAUCCAGGAAUCCAGCUGUAAUAUAAUAGAGAAUGUGAUGAGUGUUUGUCGUAUUACUGGAGAGCUGGCCCUGGCUACAGACACUAGAAUGGUCAGUCUGGAGGUCAUGCAGAUGGAUGAUUCUUCUACUUCAGACAAGGUAAAUGCAGAGGUGUGCCAGUCAUUCCUAAUGGGUUGUGAUGAACUGGUGGACAAGAGUUUACAGAGUGCCAUAUCUUCAUUGGAAGAAAUGGAGUCUAAGGCUCAACAACUGGGGGACAUCUCAGCAGCCAAAAUUAACUUAGGAGAAGUACCUAGAAGUGUUGAAAUUAUAAUUGGCUCUGCCAGAGAUCUGCUAGAAAAGUGUCAGGAAGUUCAAGUGGAGAUAAACAUGAGCAUUCGGGAUAGUUUUCAGUCUAUCCCCACCUCCUUCUACAGUAUGAGCUACAAGCGAUGUCGUGGUCUAGUGACCCAGAUAAGUAAUCUUUUGGAGACUGUGAACCUUUUGAUGCAGAGUGUUCAGCCUGUUGUGCAAGGCAAGGACAGUGAUGUCAGAAAACUGUGUAGGUGUGCUGAGUUAAUACAGAAAGGUGCUUUACGGUUAAUCUCUAUGUCCUCUAAAGACAAGGUCAAGGACACUGACCUCUCAGAUGCUUCUGUGCUAUCAGACUCACAGUCUGAACAACUGGAGCUUGCAGUGAAAGAACUGUGUUCAGCAACCAAAUCUCUCAUUGAACAGACUGAAAAAGUUGCUCAGAUCGAGACCCCCAGCACCACCCCUCGGGGAAAACGUCUGUUACCCGUGUCUCCUGAUAAAGCUCUGGUAUCUCUCAAGAGGAACAUUUCUAUAAUUAGAACUCCUGUAGGAAGUGGGGACAUAGGCCAGAGACGAGUUAGAAAUCAAACUGAAUCUCAGUGAAAUUAUUGAACAAAGGAAUCAUAUACAUGUAUUUAAUAAUAUAUGCAAGCAUACCAAGGGGCUUUUUUAGUGAAGGUUAAAUUAAUCAUGCUAUGAUUACAGUAUCACCCCCAGGUAAGGCCUUAACACUUCAGAUUUGUAAAGAAAUAACAAUAAUAGGUCUUGUCAGAGAUAAACAAUGUAUGAAUGAUUAAUUUUGUGGUACGAGGGGUGUUUAUUCUUUCCAUGGACAAUAGAUGUGGGGAGACUUAUAUGGAUGUGGAUGAUUACAGUGGCGAAUAUGAUCCAUGUUUAUUUAUAAAAACUUGCAAUGUGAAAACAAUUGUUAUGGGUAUGCCUGUUAAUCUUUGUAAUCAUGUUUUCAGUGCUAUGUGCUUCAUCCUCUAGUUUUGUUAUACGUUUCAAUUUUUGCAAUAACAGAUCUUAAACAUGAUGAUUAGUGUUAGUGCCAAGAAAAAUGAAAACUGGAAAUAAAUUUUGAGAAAAAAUGGAAUUUUGUAUAAAUUUCUUACAUGUACCAUGGGCUAUGAUCUAGACAUCUAUCAAUAUUUGAAGAGAGAUACAUGUACUUAUUAUGUCACUGCAAUAUAAAACUUGUAAACAGUGUGUAACUGUAUAAUAUAUAGUCAUACUAUGAUAUGCCAAAGUGCAAUGUAAUGUAGUGUUGGAGUUAGUUGUUAUUUGUAGAUUAAUGAAUUUCUGCAAAAUAUGCUUUUAUUUAUUGCGUUUUACUUCAAAUGGUGAACAAGUAUCAUAAAUAGUUUGGACUAAACAUCUUUUCACUGUAAACCUUUCGAGUGCACUGAUGGUGCACAUAUUUGACAGGAACUAUAAAAUUCAAUAUGUGUUGGUGCUUUUAAGCAUAUCCAGUACUGUACAAAAACAAUACAAAAUAUUUCUGUAGUGGUAUUCUCAGUGUCCAGGAAUGUGUCACAAUUGCAAUUAUGAACAAAUAAAUUCCAGUCUGUAAA